AAUUUUUGGAGGAGAAUUGGCACAAGUUCGCAUUGCGAGGAUUCAGACUGCAAGCACUGCUCAGCAUGGCUCCCGUCAAAUCUAUUCAACAGCGUUUAACCCGCCCCAAGCCUGCCACUGGAAACCGCGUGACCAAGUCCACCCUCUUCGACGAUGAUUUUCGAACUACUAAAAGAGAUAAGCGCAUCAUCAAACAUGCCAGCUUUGUGUCCAAGAUUGAGAAAAGCUCUGCAAAAUCCACGAAGCGCCGUCGUGCCUCCAAGAAACUCCUCGCCAAUCUAGAGUCGCUAGCCGAUGCUUUGCCAGAGACGGAGACGGAACUGGGCGAUCCUAGCAAGCAAAUUAAUAUUAUCAAGCAAAAGACCCUCAAACAUAAGCCAGGGGCUAUGAAACGCAAGGAGAAGCUCGAAAAGCUAGAACGGGAGCGUUUUGCAAAGAACAUGGCCCAGAUGUCCAAUAUGCAACCAGCACCAGCGCCCACUUCCAAGCCUGACGAAGGGGCUGGUUCCGUAUCAAACCGAUGGGCAGCAUUGCGGGGGUUUAUCUCCCAAACCAUGGAGCAGCAACCUGCAUUCAAAACAAACAAGUGAAGCGUCAUGUGAGGACGACUGUAUAAUCUACCGAGUUCUCUCAUCUUAGGAAAGUCCCACCCCUCCACGUUCUAUUCAUCGAGAACUGUUCUAUCUUGUACGCAUGGGAAUGCUACCUGUCGAUGUAGAGAGCUUUCCGAGCACCGGCAGACGUACGGCCAUACUCCCCAAGGGCGAUUGUGAAAUAGUUCAGACGGGUCCAGCACAAUCCAUGAUUGUCUAGAACUGUGGGGCACUGCUGGGGGGAAUGCUUCAAACUCCGUACUAUCAGGGAUAUUCUUGCCUUUACACAGUCCAGGAUUCAGUUAGACUGGUAGUGCCGGACCAAAUAUAAAACCAGGAGCGACUUUGGAGUGCGCUUUAGAGAAUAUAUAGUAUCUGGACUGAUGGAGGUGUACUUGUACUGUUCAGGAGUUAUCCGGUAGAAAACACCUUGAUCAAGAACUAU